CGACUAAAAACGGGCUUCCUCCACGUCCAACAGCUGCUGGGCAGCAAGGAGCGGGCUAUCGACCUCGGCAAAGCUCACAAUGGUCGCCUGGAGCUCCUCGGGGCAGCAACUCAGGACAGACUCGUAUGAGUCUAAGUGGGGCGACUCGGGGAAGCUUCCGUAAGUCUACGCGUCAAUCGAAUCGUAGCCAGGGUGGUGCGGAUACAGAACGACUGCAGGUGGUGGUGGAUGGAGUGGACCGCACACCCAAGCCGCUGCUGUCGCUCAAUCCCACCGUCCUCAAGGGUGUCCAGAAUGACACCACAACGCCCAACAGCGAGUCAUCGGAGUUCUUCAUGGACCGCAUGUCCACCGCCGCCUUCACCAAGGCUGGCUGGUACAGCAAUGCGGACAGCGGCUCUCACACGCCCAAAAGCGAGAACGACUAUCCAGACUAUGAGAGUGAAAAGCGCGAUCGGGAGCGCAAAGCCGCGGAGGAUGCAGCAUUAGCUGCCAGCUACGGGGACGAGGGCGGCAGUGGGGAGCCGAUCCGCGGACUGUCGCGGGAGGAGGACCACCAGCUCCCGGCGCCCGCGCUGCUGAACGAGCGGGACCUGGAGCGCAGCGUAUACUUGACCCUGCACGAGACAGAGACGAUAUUCAUCUGGCAGGCGGCGGGUGUGACUGUGGCCAUGGACACGGAGGAGGCCAAGGCGGUGGAGGAGGCCAAUCGGCGCUAUGCCAACCUGCUCCACACCAAGCAGGCUACCGACAAGUACGUUGACGCGGAGGCCCAGACGCUGGUGGCCCUCACCAAGAGCCGUGACGUCCAGUCCGCUGUGCUGGUGACCCGGAACACCGGGAUGCAGGCCACUGCGUGGGAUAUCUCGGACACCUUCCGAGCCCUGGAUGAGGCCGCCGCGGACGCCGAUGACGACCCGCGGGGGGGUGCCGUGGGAACAUCCCUGCCGUCCAUCAGCCAGAUGGCAGGUGGCGUCGCCAAGUACAACCCCAAGCAGGGCACCGGGGAUGUCAGCGCCCGGGGGACUACUGCCAAUGCUGGGGGCCCGGGCCGCACCUCGAUGUUCACCGGGGGAACCAGCUACAUGUCGGGCCAGGGCACACAGGCCUCGGGCCAUAUGUCGGGACUGAGCGCCAACCUGCCCAACGGAGUACCCGUGGAGCAAGCCGCCCCUUCACCCGAACCCGCGGACCCGCUAAGAGCUCUGGCCAGUCUGCCGGAUGCGCUGAUGCUCAUGGAUAACGCCAUCAAUCAAAAUAACUACCUGCAACAACUGCUGCUGUACAGGGACAUUCAGCCGCUGCCCGGGAUUCGGUCCAAUGUUGCCAACGUCAUGCGCGGCGCAGUGUCAGGCGGCGGCAGUCCUGGAGACGAUGCCGAUUCGGACGUGCUCAGCCACACCGGUGGCGCGUCCGGCCGGGACACCCGCCCCCUCAGUGCCGCGCCCUCUGACGGAGGCCGCAGCCACCACUCCGAGAAUACCGCUGCACGCUCGGGGCCCCACAUCCAAGCGCGGACAAGCAACCAGCCUGGGCAGCUCAGCCGGCAGCCCUCGGAGAGGAGUAUCCCCAUGAGUCGGGGCAUGUCGCUGCGUGACGGGCACAGUGGCGGUGAUGGCCGGACCGCACGAAACUCCCACGGUGGGGGCGGUGGGGGCUUCAAUGGGCCCGGCUACGCGGCCAGUGUCGCGGAAAGCAACUGGCCUGAGGAGCUGCUGCAGGAGCUGGCUGACCUGGGCGACGACGCGCCGCGCAUGGAACAUCUGUGGGACUGGGUGUGUCCUAUGACCACGGGCAAGAAUGUGGCGUGCAUGGGUUGGAACAAGACGAACUCCGACCUGCUGGCGGUUGGAUACGGCUCCUACUCCUUCCCAUCGGGAAAUACGCAGCCGACGGCGGAGGGGGGAAUCUCCACAGAGCCCAAGGGUUUGGUGGCGUUUUGGUCCCUUAAGAACUUACAGCACCCGCUAUGGUACUUUGAGGUCAAGGCCGCUGUCACAGCGCUGGAUUUCUCCACAUACAGCCCCAAUGUGCUGGCGAUUGGGCUGUACGAUGGUACCGUUGCAAUUUACGACAUUAAGUCGCGGCAGGGCACGCCUUCUAUGGAGAGCGAUGUGCACAGCGGCAAGCAUUCAGACCCCGUAUGGAAGGUCAAAUGGCUGGACCACGGCCCCGAGCGCGAUGAACCCCUAGUGUCCAUCUCCACAGACGGCCGCGUAACCCAGUGGUCUAUCGCCAAGGGUCUUGAGUUCUCGGAUCUUAUGAAAUUAAAGCGCAUGGCUCGUCGUGGGGCCGGCGGGCCACCAUCCACAUCCGCUGCUGCAGCCGCCAAGGACGGCGGCGCCAAGGCGGCCGCAGCAGUGCCUGAGCAGCAGGACGCCUUCAUAAGUCGCCUUACUUCGGGCAUGGCGUUCGAUUUCUCAUCCCGAGAUGAGCGCAUCUAUGUGGCGGCUACGGAAGAUGGCUGGCUACAUAAAUGCAGCACGUCAUACAGCGAGCAAUAUCUGGAGUCGUACAGGGGACAUAUGGGCCCUGUGUACCAAGUGCAGUUCUCACCAUUUAAACGCGACAUGUUCAUAUCCGCAUCUGGGGACUGGACAAUACGCAUGUGGCAGGAGGGGCGCGACACGCCGCUUCUGACUUUCCAGGCGUCCACUAACGAGAUCAAUGACGUGCAGUGGUGUCCUACAAACUCAACGGUUUUUGGUUCCGUGACAGCCAGCGGGCGUUUGGAGAUCUGGGACUUCUCCUUGUCAACCGUCAAACCGGUGAUGCACCAGAAGACCACGAUGAAGCUGUCCUGCUUACUGUUCGCGCCCAACUACCCGGUAGUGGUGUGCGGCGGCGAGGAUGGGGCAGUGAAGGCGUAUCGCAUCUUCAACGUCUCGCACGAGUACGACACUUUGCAGGAGCAACUGGAGCGACUAGAUGACUGCAUCCGCGCCAAUGUGAUGAAGAGCCAGGCAGCAGCGUAAAGUUAAAUAAAAUAGCACGGGGCAAUGAGACAGUGACCCAUGUGUUGCAUUGUGCAUAUCCCAGGCAUGACAUUGCUAAUGGUAAUGCCACGUCUGGUGUCCCCAUGUUUGGGCGCAUUUGUGACUAGCAAAUAGGCCGCAAGCGCCAACCUUUCAUUGUACAAGCAUGCCAGACAGAAUUAAUGUCAUUGCACCCUCC